AGUAGAGGAAGGCAGAUGACAGUAGAAUCAGUUUUGUGCUGUUAAACUCAACAAAACAGCCCAAAAUCAUUUUAAACAACAUUUAUCAUGACUAGAAAUAAGACCCGGAGUUAAUAUUUGAGAGCUUCAGAGGUCCAGAGCCAGAGAGAAUUGGGGAUGGAGCCCUCUCAGAGGGAGCGGCUCUCCCAGCUGGUGGAGGAGCUGACCACAUCCGGACGGCCGCAGCUCGACCAGGACAAGAUGAAGGAGGUCAAGAAGAUCUGCAAAGUCUCCACCGACUGCGUGGACCACGUGUACCGCUCGCUGAUGUCCCAGCUGAACCAGGACCACGCCGAGAUCCGCCUGUCCGCCUUCCAGGUGGCCAGCGAGCUCUUCUCCAGGUCCCACCACUUCAGGACGCUGCUGGUGGACAACUUCCAGGAGUUCCUGGAGCUGACGGUGGAGACGGACCUGGAGCAGCCCCUCCCCCCUCCUAAAGAAGUGUCCAGGAAGCUGAAGGCGCUGUCCAUCCAGACCGUGCAGUCGUGGCAGGCGGCGUACGGCUCCGCCUACAAGAAGCUGGCUCUGGGGUAUCAUUUCCUGAAGCAGGUGAAGAAGGUGGACUUCCAGGACGCCGAGGCUCGGACGGUCGCAGAGAGGAGGAGGGAGGAGGACAGGCGCAGCAAGAUGGAGAGAAUCUACAGAGAGAGGGUGGAGGCGGCCACCAAGGACAUGGAGGAGUGGCAGCAGGAGAUCCAGGACACGCUGACCGAGAUGGAGAGCUGCCUCCAGCUGCUCUUCCCACAGUUCAGCCUGCAGCUGCACCACAGCAGGACCACCGGGGGGCCGCCAGAGACCGGCGGGACCACCGGGGGGCCGCCAGAGACCGGCGGGACCACCGGGGGGCCGCCAGAGACCGGCGGGACCACCGGGGGGCCGCCAGAGACCGGCGGGACCACCGGGGGGCCGCCAGAGACCGGCGGGACCACUGAGGGUCCAACGGAGACCGGAGGGACCACUGAGGGUCCAACGGAGACCGGAGGGACCACUGAGGGUCCACAAGAGCCCAGCAGGGCCCCUGAGAGUCCGCCAGAUCAGGAGCAACCCUGCUGCAGCAGGGAGCUGAGGAGCCAGGAGGAGGAGGAAGAAGAAGAGGAGGGGGAGGAGGGGGAGGAGGAGGAGGAAGACGAGGAAGACGAGGAAGAGGAGGAGCAGCCAGGUGGAGACUCGUUCAUCAGGAACUCCGGGCUGGUCUCUCACUCCUACAGUCUGGACCUGAACCUCAGUCCCGGUCUUCAUCUGAAGGAGACGGAGGACAACGAGCCGGUGGUUUCCACGGUGAUAGACCUGCACCGCCUCAUCACCACCAAACACCUGCCGGCGGUGCAGAGCUGGGUGCAGCUGUUCACCCGGUCCGGCGCCGAUCAGCAGCUCCUGAGGCGAGCUCUGGACCUGAAGAUGUCUUUAGAGGCCGUGCUGCAGAAACACCAGGAGCUGCACAUCGACUACAAGACCCGGGUCCGCAGAGUGAUGAAAGCUGGAGACGACCAGAGCGAGGACGAGGACGACUUCGACGAGGUUCCUGAAAAGGAAGGCUACGAGCCGUACAUUCCAGAGCACCUCCGAGCCGAGUACGGUUUGGAUCCUUCUCCUUCCACCUCAACUGCUGCAGUCACUCAGAAAGCACCUCCUACAAGGCCUGCAGCAGCUCCACCUCCACCCUCCUCCUCCUCCUCUUCAUCCUCCUCCAGGAGGCUGAAGCGCCUCCUGGAGGAGGAGCAGGACCCCACGUCGGCGGUGGCCACACUGCGCCUCCUCAGACAGAAGCUCCCUCUGCCUGCUCAGGCCGGCGGUUCUUCAGGUCCUUCAGGUCCUUCGGGUCCUUCAGGUCCUUCGGGUUCUUCAGGUUCUUCGGGUUCUUUGGGUCCUGCGGGUUCUUCGGGUCCCAGCUCCUCUCAGUCCAGCUCAGACCAGAAGGCCGUGGAGGCUCCAGUGGUCCCUUUUGGUCUGGAUCUGUACUACUGGGGUCAGGAGCAGCCCAACGCUGGAAAGAUCGUCAAGGCGGCCUCUCAGCACCAGUUCUGGGUUCCGUCGGAGGUGGAGGAGGAGGUGGAGAACCAGGACCUGCUGGCCCAGAGUAAGACCCGAUACAUCUCCUUCCCCGGCAGCUUCACCCCCGUCAGCCACUCCUGCCGGGCGCCGCUGGGCGGCGGGAAGCUGUGUCCCAGACAGGACCGGCUCAAGUGCCCCUUCCACGGACCCAUCGUUCCCCGAGACCAGGAGGGCCGGGCCUGCAGGCCGGAGGACCGGGCCCGGGACGAGCAGGAGCAGAGGAGGAGGAGGGAGACGCAACCGCCAGACUGGUUCGAUCCCCAGCUGAUGAGAGACAUCGAGGCGGCCACCGGAGAGGACCUGGGCUCUGACCGGGUGCCGGGGAAGAGAGGGCGGGGCAAGAAGAAGAAGAAGAAGUACCCCAACCUGAGUGACCUGAAGCAGAGCACCAACACCUCUCGCUCCCGGCUGGAGAGGAAGGUCUUCAACAAGAGCAGCCUGCGCAGAAUGGCUCAGGUGAUGAAUAAAGUCGACCGCAGGAAGCAUGACAAGUUCUCCAACCAGUUCAACUACGCUCUCAACUGACCUGCAGACACAGAGCCCUCCACCUGCUGCACCUGCAGACACA